AGAGCCUCUCAUCCUCGCAGCCGAGCCACAUAAACCUCGUAUUCACCCGUUAGGCUUGGCGAACAACGUAGACAGAGUCCACUCACGCAGCUCACACCUGAACAUCUCUCUCUUUACUUUUUAUAUAUAACCUUCCAGUGUUCCUUACGGAGUAUUUUUUAAACUUGUACUAUUCCGAAGCGCACGAACACACAGAUCCAAAGAAAAUGGCACGUCCCUACAGCAAGAAAGGCGGUUCGUUCCAUAACCGCGGCGGCUUUGGCGGACGCGGCGGCGGCGGCGGCGACGGCAACUUCGGUGGGGGUCGGUCCGGCGGCGGUGGUGGUGGUGGCCGCGGUGGUGGUGGUGGUGGUCGCUUUGAUAACCGCCGCGGCCCCAACUACCAUCAUAACCCAAGCAAUAACAGUGUUAACAACGGUAACGGCAGCAACAACGCCGGCGGCGGGGCGGAUGUGAUGAAGGUGCUGCUCUCUCUCCUUUUCGAAAAGUCGUACAGCCAGAUUUUUGAGGAGAGCUCUGGCAAGCUGGACCUGUCCAACAUGCGCGCCAGCCCUGAUCUGGAGACGGUGCAGAAGCGCGUCGACUACAACAGCGUGUCCUUCUGCAAGGUGCUCGCCGAGGUGCUGCGCGAGAAGUUUGCCGACCGCAUCCGCGUGCUGCAAAUGGAUGAUAACAGCAUUCGCCAGUUCAAGGUCAUUCUCUCCGCCCUGGCGGACGCCGACAUUCACCGCGGCAUCACCGCCAUCUCUGCCAUGCGCAACAGCAUCAACGAUCUCAGCUUUAUUAGCGGCCUGCGCCGCUACGACAGCUUGAACGAGUUGCUCCUUCGCGACAACUCCGUCGUGAACCAGAAGGAGUACAUGCCGCAACUCAUCAAGCAGCUGCCUCGGUUGACGUUCAUCGACGGCGUGCCGGUGGACCGCGCUCUCCUGCGCCUGCCCAACCCCCUCCCCUCUGCCGCCCCGUCCCAGCAGCAGCUCGACAUUUUAAUGUACUUAGAACAGACCCUCUUCAGCGCCAUGGCGAGCGGCAACUUCGACGCGGCGCUCACGCUCUACGGGCAGCAGUUCUCCGCGCUUUCGGUUAAUCGCGGACAGGAGCCGCUGCCGCAGCGGGUACCGAUGAACGCGAUUGCCAACACCAGCGAUCUCGAGAAGCCGAUGCGCAACCAGAUGCAGGCGGACCUAUCCAGGCUGCGCUCGCAGAUGGAGUUCCGCAACCUCGCCACCGACAGCGCCGGCUCGAUGCGCAACGUGGCGAGGGGACCGCAGGAGAUCAUCAAGAAGCUGCGCUCCGUCUGCGGCGACGGCAAGCCGAUGAACGUCGAGGUGGAGUUCAACCCCAACUUCAACGUCGUGUUCAUGGACCAGAGCUACCACAUGCGCGUGCCCGUCUGCGUACUGACCGUGCACGGGAAGAUGCGCUACCGCUGGAACCCGAUUCACGCCGACACGCGGCAGCCAACGUUCCCCGCUGGCAAGGCGCCGUGCAUCUCCACCUUCUUUGACCGCACCAUGUCGCUCAUGUGGGACGGCAACACGAACUCGUGGGCAAUUGCAAAUGAUAUGCUGCUGCUGCGCCCCGACCGCACCGUCGUUCACGACGACGGCACGCCGAGCUGUCCGCUGUUCUUUGCGAACACGCCGUCGCGAAUAGAGCAGAUGCGCCGCCGCCUGAUGCCUGGCAUUACGCCGGAGGUGAUGGCAGCCAUAGUCAACGCCACCGGUUCCGACGAGGACGUGAAGCAGGCGAUACAGCGGCUUCUGCAGCUGCCCCCUGAGACGCUGCAGGAGGUUGCCGCCAACCCUGAGGCGGCAAAGCGGGCCAUUGGCAUGUAA